GCGAUACGGUUUUUGCGGACGCUCAGAUCGCUUUUGGCGGGGUUUUUGAGGCUUUGCGCCGCAAUCCCAAGUUUAUCGCGGCAUUUUAGCCUGGUUAUUGGAAACAUUCCAUCACUUUGAUCCUUGCCGAAGUCGUGAAAUAUGUCGGAAUCAAUUGGUGAUGCUGGGCUGGCGUCGGGCCGGUCGCGGCGGCAGCGGCGAGAGAACACCGGCCGCUCGGCAGCGCUGGACAAGAUCAGGCGUGGCCAGAAGAACAAGUGUGAGGUGACAGAGGCGGCCGACAGCGUGUACGACAUGGUGGACGAGCGCGAGUACUCGCGCCGCGUACAGGAGCGGCUCGAGGACGACUGGAUCGUUGAUGAUGGCGGCGGCGACGGCUACGUUGAGGACGGCCGCGAGAUAUUCGAUGACGACAUCGUGGACGACGGAGCCAGCGACGCAGCCAAGGCCAAGCGCAAGUCCAACAGUCGGGUGCGUGACCCGGCGCAGCCCAAGAAGAGCAACAUCCGCGACAUGCUUCUCAGCAUGCCCAGCAAGAAGAGCAAGCGUGACGUGAAGCUGGAGGAGGACGAGGACCUGCAAGGUAUCCUGCAGGACAUCAAGUCAUCACCGGCCAUCGGCGUGCGGCCGGCGCAGCUGAAGCGCAAGUCGACGCCCAGCGCGCCCCCGACGAAGAAGCUGCCGCUGGUCCCAGCGCCGCUCCGCGCGUCGACGACUCUGAAGACGACGCCCGACAUCGAGGCGGACAAGCGGGCCGAGCUGGAGGCGGUGGACGCGCUCAUCCAGGACGACGACUCCAUGUUCGAGAGCAUCGACCUGCCGGAGGAGGAGCCGGAGCCUGCCGCGCCGACCGUCAAGGAUGAGCCCCCGCAGGAGCCGGCCGCCGAGGUGACCUCAGACUGGAUGCGCACCGCGAGCCUCUGCGUGGAGCCGCCGCCCGCCGCCGACACCCUGGUGGGCGCGUCCUCACUGCCGCUGGUCACCAACGCCGACGGCGAACAGGUGCUGCGGUUCUUCUGGCUGGACGCGUACUGCGACAACGCGGCCACCGGCAGUGUGGUGUACCUGUUCGGCCGGGUCUGGGUCGAGUCGGCCGGUGGCUACGUCUCCUGCUGUGUCCGCGUCAGCAACGUGCCGAGGCGCGUCUUCCUCCUGCCCAGAGCCAGGCGGCUGAACCCCAAGACGAGAGUCGAGGGAGACGAGAUUACGAUGAAGGAUGUGUAUGAUGAGUUCAACUCCAGAGUGGCCAACCGGUUCAAGAUCGCCGAGUUCCGCUCCAAGGUCUCCACCAUGAACUACGCCUUCGAGAAGUUCGACGUGCCCAACCAGGCCGACUAUCUGGAGGUCAUGUACUCGUCGUCGUACAGCGCGCUGCCGCAGAACCUGGAGGGCGAAACGUUUAGCCACGUGUUCGGCACCAACACCAACACGCUGGAGGCCUUCCUCAUCGGCAACAAGGUCAAGGGACCGUGCUGGCUGGAGGUCAAGAAGCCCACGAUCCCUCAGCAGAAGCUCAGCUUUUGCACCAUCGAGGCGGCGGCCAGCAUGCCGCUGCCGGGCCUGGUGUCGGCGCACUCGGCGCCGCCGCCGCCGCUCACCGUGCUCACGCUGGCCACGCGCACCGUGGUGAGCGCGCGCUCUCACCAGAGCGAGCUGGUCAUGAUCUCCUGCCUGGUGCACAAGCAGUUCCGACUGGACGGCGCCGCGCCGACGCCGCUCUUCCAGCAGCAUUUCUGCGCCGUCACCAAGCCGGCAGACGCAGCCUGGCCGUAUGACUUCGACAAGCAGCUGGCGGGCUUCAGCGACACCACAGUCCGCAAGUGUAUGAACGAGAAGGCGCUCAUUUCGUUCUUCCUCGCGAAGAUGAACAAGCUGGACCCAGACCUGGUGGUCGGCCACAACGUGUACGGCUUCGACCUGGACGUGCUGCUCAGCCGCUGCCGCCUGCUGAAGCUGAACAACUGGGCGCACAUGGGCCGCCUGCGACGCUCGGCUGACGUCCUCUUCAAAUCGAAAUUCUCGGACGACGCGGUGCGCCGGAGUGCGCUGUGCGGCCGGCUGCUGUGCGACACCUUCCUCUCGGCCAAGGAGCUGACGCGCCAGAAGAGCUAUGACCUGCCGGAGCUGUGCCGCACCGUGCUGCGUCUGCCGCCCGCCGAGAUCGUGGAGGUGUCUCAGGAGCGCGUGGCCGGCAUGUUCUCGGCGUCGCGCUCCAUCCUGCAGCUGGUGACGCUGACCAUGCAGGAGGCGCACAACGCCGGCCGCGUGCUGGCAGAGCUCAACGCCCUGCCGCUGGCGCUGCAGAUCACGCGUCUGGCCGGUAACCUGAUGUCACGGACUUUGCUCGGCGGCCGGGCGGAGCGCAACGAGUUCCUGCUGCUUCAUGCCUUCACCGAGCGGGGCUACAUCGUGCCCGACAAACAGUGGGGCAAGAAGAAGUUCCCGCGGGCGCCCGAGCCGGGCGGCGAUGAGGAGCCGGCGGAGGCGGCGGCUGACCCGAGGGCGCGCCGGAAGCCCAAGUACGGCGGCGGGCUGGUGCUCGACCCCAAGAAGGGCUUCUACGACCGCUACAUCCUGCUCAUGGACUUCAACUCGCUCUACCCCAGCAUCAUCCAGGAGUACAACAUCUGCUUCACCACGCUGCCGCGGCUGCCGGCCGCGCAGCACGAGGAGGGGGACGAGGUGGCGCUGGACAUGCCGGCCGACGACCUGGAGACGGGCGUGCUGCCGCUGGAGAUCAAGAAGCUGGUGGAGCGGCGGCGCGAGGUCAAGAAGCUGAUGAAGGACCCCAAGACCAACCCCGAGGACACGCUCCAGCUGGACGUGCGACAGAAGGCGCUGAAGCUGACGGCCAACAGCAUGUACGGCUGCCUCGGCUUCGAGUCGUCCCGCUUCUACGCCAAACAUCUGGCGGCGCUCAUCACAGCCAAGGGCCGCGACAUCCUGCUGCAGACCAAGUCGCUGGUGGAGCGCAUGGACCUGGAGGUGGUGUACGGCGACACCGACUCCAUCAUGAUCAACUCGCGCCAGCUCAACUUUGACCAGGUCAUGGAGCUCGGCAAAGAGAUCAAACGUGAGGUCAACAAGCUGUACAAGCUGCUGGAGCUGGACGUGGACGGCCUGUACCGUUACAUGCUGCUGCUGAAGAAGAAGAAGUACGCGGCGGUGGCGGCUAGCCGCGGCCCUGACGGUGUCAUCCAGUACACACGCGAGCUGAAGGGCCUGGACAUUGUGCGCCGGGACUGGAGCAAGAUUUCGGCCAGCUGCGGCAUGUACGUGAUCGACCAGAUCUUCUCGGCGCUGGAGCACGACGAGAAGCUGGAGCGGAUCCAUGCUCACCUGGAGGCGGUGCGGGCGCGCCUGGAGCAGGGCGACGUGCCUCUGGCGGACCUGGCUAUUACCAAGGAGCUGAAGAAGAACCCGGAAGAGUACGCCGACAAGAAGGGCCAGGCGCACGUUAACGUGGCGCUGCGCGUGAACUCGCGCGGCGGCAAGAAGCUGCGGCGUGGUGACACGGUCCAGUACAUCAUCUGCAAGGACGGCAGCGGUCUGGAGCCGAUGCAGCGCGCCUACGCGCUGGAGGAGGUGGCGACCGGCGGCGGCGCACUGCCCGUCGACACCGAGUACUACUUGGCCGGCCAGGUGCACCCCGUCGUCAGCCGGCUGGUGGAGCCGCUCGAGGGCACCGACGCCGCCCGGCUCGCGCAGGCGCUCGGACUGGACCCGAGCAAGUUCCGACAGCACGUGGCGCGCCAGGAGGACGGCGACGAGGCGCAGCGCGCGCUGGCUGGCCUCUCGGAGGCGCAGCGGUACGCCGCCUGCGCGCCGCUCCUGGUGCGCUGUGUCGGUUGCCAGCAGGAGCAGAAGUUCGCCGGCGUGUUCAUAGAGGGCGGGCAGGAACUGCGCCUGGCGCGCUGCGAGAACGCCGCAUGCGACGCCGUGCCCGUGCAGUACCUGCCGCUUAUCGUCAACAAGCUGCGCAUGGACAUCCGGUCUGCCAUACAUCGUUACCUGCAGGGGGUGCUUUACUGCGAGGAUCCCGGCUGCCCGCACGAGACCACCCGCAUACCGUUCGCGUUCGAGCGGGGCUUCCCCGUUUGUGAGCUGUGUCACAAGGCGGUGCUCAUACCGAAGUCCUGA